UCUCCUGUUCGAACAAUCACCGGUGUUGCUAUAUCUUCAUCUAAAGAACACAUAAAGAUUUAAAAAAAAAAAAAAAAAACCUAGAAAAGGUUACCGGAGUCUUGAGAUCGGAAGCUAUAUUGGUUGCUCUGAUCCGAUGGCGUCUACUUUCAGUGGCGAUGAAACUGCUCCUUUCUUCGGCUUCCUCGGGGCCGCUGCAGCUCUUGUAUUCUCAUGCAUGGGUGCUGCUUAUGGGACUGCAAAGAGUGGAGUUGGAGUGGCCUCCAUGGGAGUUAUGAGGCCAGAGCUUGUCAUGAAAUCUAUAGUUCCUGUUGUUAUGGCUGGAGUGUUGGGUAUUUAUGGAUUGAUCAUUGCUGUUAUUAUUAGUACCGGAAUAAACCCGAAAGCGAAAUCUUACUAUUUGUUUGAUGGGUAUGCUCAUCUGUCUUCUGGACUUGCUUGUGGACUUGCUGGUCUCUCUGCUGGAAUGGCCAUUGGGAUUGUUGGUGAUGCUGGUGUUAGGGCCAAUGCACAACAACCCAAGCUCUUUGUUGGAAUGAUUCUCAUCCUCAUCUUCGCUGAAGCUCUCGCCCUCUACGGUCUCAUUGUCGGUAUCAUUCUUUCAUCUCGAGCAGGCCAAUCUCGUGCAGAUUAAAGUACGUAAAGUCGAUCCACCGUCUUUGAAUUUGUGAUUCAAAUGUCUCAAGGAGAUUUUGUUACUGUGUUACUUCUGUUGAUGUCAAACUGAACGUAUUGUAUUGUAUUGAGUUAUGGUAAUGAGCAGGUUUUAUGACAAACCUCCAUGCUCUUCUGGUUGUUUUGUGUGAUAUUCUUUUUAAAUUUAGUCGGUGUGGACAUUACCUUUGGAUGCA